AUGCUUCCCAAGGAUGACCCCGAAGAGGUCGUGCACCCAGCACUUCUCUCAGGGGAUGGCAGCGUCGUGCCCAGACAAACGGCCUCCCUUGGCCGGAAUACCUACUCCGGCGCACUCGCUUUUCAUCUUGCCGCCUCCUUGCUCCCCGCACUCUACGGUACCCUCUCCAAGCUCUGGGUUGCGAACAUCGACUCUUCCCUCGUCGUUACCACGGACGUGUACACCUACAUCGGUGUCAUGGCUGAGGUCCUCAAUGAAGGUCUCCCACGCGCGGCAUGGGUGGCUAUCGGUGAUCAGUCGUCCCGUUCCUUGGCGCAGAGGCUACAGCUGAUAUACACGCUCGUUCUGUUCAGUCUGUACUGGGGUUCGUCAUGA